ACAUAGGCGCUAGCAUAAUAAACGGUACGGAAAGAGACGAAACCUUACCGGGGACGUGCCGGGCUAGCUGGUCUGGCAAAGUUGAUAAGCUCGGGACUUCGACUCAUCUAUUGAGGCUUUAGUCUGGCCCUGCCAACUGAUGAAGCUAUAACGUUCAUCAAGUAUCUCUUCUGUGUGUUACAUCGUUUUAGAUUGGGCUCAUUCCAAGAACAUUGACUAGAUCUCGAUCUAAGUUAUACUUAGAUAGUGCGGAAGAAAAAUCCAGAUUGUCCACAUAUUCCGGCAGGAUGGGGAAUCCAACGAAGGGUAACAUUCUACCCAUCAGCUCAAACUCAAAGGAUGCAUCCCCGGCGCAGAACGGCGGAGGGAGGAAUAGCAACAUCAAGUAUGCGAGCCUUUUCUUUCUGGUCCUCCAGAAUGCAUCCCUCAUCCUCACCAUGCGCUACACCCGGACGCUUCCUGGCGACCAGUACUUUACCUCCACUGCCGUCAUCAUUUGCGAGACUCUCAAGAUGUGUACCUGCUUGUUCAUCAUCCUCGUUCAGCUGUCAGGCAACGUCUUCGAGCUGGGAAGGUUCCUGUGGCAGAAUAUUGCUUUACAACCGAUGGACACUCUGAAACUGGCCGUGCCUGCUUUCAUCUACAUGAUCCAGAAUAACCUGCUUUACAUCGCCGUGUCAAACCUUAGUGCUGCCACAUUUCAGGUGACAUACCAGUUAAAGAUCCUGACUACCGCCCUCUUCUCUGUUAUCAUGCUGAAGAAGACACUAGGAUCGCUCCAAUGGUUUGCACUGGUUCUUCUAUUCAUUGGAGUUGCCAUAGUUCAGAUGCAGCCAGCUGAUCCUUCUAAAACAGCUUCAGAGACCACGGCAACAGAUCAGUCUCCCAUGAUUGGGUUGAUAGCCGUCAUCAUAUCCUGCAUAUCUUCAGGAUUCGCAGGUGUGUACUUUGAGAAGAUCCUCAAGGGCAGCCAAGGGUCCAUCUGGUUGCGGAACGUCCAGCUAGGACUGUUUGGAUCUCUCACAGGUGUCCUUGGUGUCUGGUAUAAGGAUGGCACAGACGUGGUAGAAAAAGGCUUCUUCUUCGGCUACACCAAGUAUGUUGUUCUGGUGAUAGCCAUGCAGGCCUUUGGAGGACUCUUGGUUGCCGUGGUCGUGAAGUACGCGGACAACAUCCUCAAGGGAUUCGCCACAAGUUUUAGUAUUAUUAUAUCAACAGUGCUCUCGGUGUUAUUAUUUGGAUUCCAGAUCAACACUCAAUUCUGCCUAGGAGCAGGGAUUGUCAUUGUAGCUAUAUAUCUGUACAGCUUACCAAAGCCAGUAAACACUACACCAGUAGUGUCAGAAUCAAGUAAGAAAAUGCCAAACGGUACAUGAUUGAUUCUCUGUUCAUUGAAUGACUUUUUAUUUUAUAACUAGCAUCUUGAGAAAAGAAAUAUUUUUUAUCUCAAAAAUUAUUUAUUCUUUUCCGUUUUACAGAGUAUCCUUCUUGUUUAUUUUCUACAGGGCAAAGUUAAUUUUGUGACAAGUUGUAUAUAUAACAAAGGUUUAAUGUGUGCAAAUAUAUUACUAUUGACUGCAUUUGGUAUGAUGAUGAUAAUGAUAUUUGUAUAGUACAUACUACUACUAUCAAUUGACAUAAUAAUGAUUAUUUUUCUAAUCAUUAGAUCAAGUAAUAUUGUGCAUGUGCAGUGCAUCUACCUUCACUGGGGAUAAUUUACAGACACAAAGACAAAGAAUGUGUGUGUCUUAUCUGGUACCCAUAUCUACACCUGUGUAGAGAGAAGGAAUGUCUAUACAAAUGCUUUUAUAACACAGUGCUCCUGAAGGGCAUAUAUUUUGUGGAAUUACAUUUUUGUGUUGUUUCAUGCGGAUGGUCUGUGAUCAAUAAAAUAGUCUAUGUCCUUCAGACAGCCUUGACCAUUUAUGGUACACAAAUUUGACUCUGCCCAAAAUAUAUGUUUGUUUUUCCCACUUCAGUAUUCAAAAUUCCAUAUUUUUCAGUAAUUCUCAAUAGAUUUCUAGAUUAAAUAAAAUGAAAGAAUCUUGUUUGUGAUAUAAGCCCCCAAAUUAUGUAAUCGGUGCAAUAUAACAUCUGGGAGAUACAAGUACCAGAGAAGUCAGCAUUAACACAACUUAUAAGUGCCCUUAUCAAAUAGAUUAAACAAAUUCACGCUAAGCAAAUGAUUUCUUUAGAAUAGACAUUGUAGGCAUUCCAAAAUGAAUUUUCAUGUGUUUCUGUUCUUCCAUCAUGGAUGUCUCAGAAACUAAAAGAUUAUGGAAAUGUGUUUUUUGUGCCUUUAUUUAAAAAAAGUGUAUUACUGUACCUCUGUAAUGUGGUGCUUACAUGUAAGUGUGUAUCUGGACAUCAAUUCAUGACAACUUCAUUAGUACAAUUUUGUUGACAUCCCUUUGAAAUGUGAGCCGAACAUGUGUUUAAUUGGGAUGUUGAUGUAAUGGUUUUGUGAGACUUUGGCGGCUGGCCUCAUUUUAAGUGUAAUGAUUUGAAUUUUGUUUCAAGAAAAAAUACAGUCUGGCUGAAUCAUGACAUGAAUUUCUUUUACACCUAAAUGUGAUAGGCUGCGGGCUCUGCGUUUAAUAUCAAAACCAUUAUAGGGAAUACUGUGUAUGGAAAUGACAUGACAGAAGUUUUGAUAAUGUAUUUUAGUAUCACCUUAUGAACAAAAGAUAACAUUUUACAUACUUGUGAACCAAGAGUUAUUUGUUGAAAUGCUCAAACAUGCCAAAUUACUUUGUGUGCUAGUUACGUUUUGUGUAAACAGUUAGCCUGUAAGAAAAAAAAAUUGUCUAACAGCAUUUUCCAUAUCAGAAAACUGUUGUUUGCUCCCUAAAUGUCAAAGUAAGGCAGAUCAUCAUUAAAUCUUUUAUCAUUUUACUACCUUCAGUAUUGUACAGUGCAAAUAAAAAAAGUGUACCCUACUUUGGUAGCUUCUAAUUAAAAAGUUAUAAUUUAUGUGACCUUGACUCACAUUUCAUGGUAAAGGGUAACUAAUACCCUGUCUAAUGAUACAAUUCUCAUAAUUGUGCUGCCAUGGAUGACUGAGCAGCAGGCUUUUCCAAAAGUAUUGUCAAAAUCUUCUGGUACCAAGUUUGGGUUGAUGCAAUAAAUAUGGGUCAAAAGUCAUUAUGUGUGUUUAAGAGAUAAUGUCUCUUUCCAAAAACAAUUGCUCACUUAUUUACAUUGACAGUUUGGCAGUAGAAAAGAAAAGGUGUUUAUAUCAAUUAAUGUCAACAAUAAAAUAAUAACUCUGAAGGGAAUGCUCGACUUUGUUCGCAACUCUUCUCAUUGAGGGAUAAUAAAAAGGAUAAAGUUUGUUUGAGAUGUAUCUUUAUAUAAGCCUAACUGAAUUAUGAGCAUGAUGGCAUAAAUCAAUGUGUAUCACAGUCUUGUAUCCAUGCAUUACGGCUGGUGUGAGCGUAGAACCUGCAAGCUCAUGAUAUAUUAAUGGAUUUGAUUUCAAUAUGAUUCAAUAUGAUAACUCGCAAUUCUUUUUCAAUUAUUUGUAGAAUUGGUGUAGGCAACAAAAUAUCUAAGUGUCCCUUUCAAAUACAGAAUUACCUUGGUGUAAUGUAACAUGUAGUUCAGUUAUAACUGCUUGGUAGUUAAGCUAGGCCGAGAAGAAAAAUAUUCAUUAUUUUUGUAAAAGAAUCUACUUUCACUUUAUAUAUUGUGAAGGGUCAGGGGGUAUUUAGUUUUUCUUUCCCUGCAUAGUCUAGUAAUAUAUCAAUCAUAAUUAGAUGCAUUUUAAUGACUUCUCCUUUCGAAAUUUAAUUUAUUUUGUUUGGAUUAUGUAAAAAAAAAACAUGUAUUUUCAAAGCAUUUAUGGAAAUUCUUGACCUUUCUUCCAUGAUUGCAAGUUCAAUUGAUAUAUAUUUUGCAUUCCUUUCUUUCAAUCAUUUAUGGUAUAUUUACAUGAAUUUAUCUGAUAUUUUUGCAAUUUAUGGUAAAUGAAAAGCUAAGAGUUUUCUAUUUCAGAAUUAUCAUAUAUAUACGUGUAAUGAAAUAAAGUAAUCUCGAGGCUGAAUUUCAAAAGUGA